AUGACACAGCACCCUUGCCACGGGCGGCCGUGCCCCGCCCACACCGACGUGAUUGGGCGUUCCCUCUCUCCAUCCACCCCUUCUCUGCCUUCUUGCAAUCCUCCUAUCCCUACGCCCCCGUUCCUCCGCCUCCCACUCUCCAACCCUGUUACUUUAUCCUAUUUCAUUUAUCCUUCCACUCUCGCACCCUGCCAUCCUCCUACCUCGGCUAUUCCACUUCCUCCCAUCUUUCCAUCCUCUUACCCACCUAUCCCACCCUCCCACUAUCCUCCAACCUCCCAUCUCUCGGCAUACCUCGUUCCUCAGGCCAAGACGUCCGCCACUAUUAUGAGAGCUUUUGUGUGCAUGUUUGAGAUACUGUUAUGGAACCUCCCUGGCCAGAACCACUCUCUGCAACAGCCUAAGAGUGCCGUGACGCCGCCCCGAGGAAGGCGCCGCCCGCCGCCCGCGAUCUGA